AUGUCCAAUAGCAAUAAAUCCAGCAUCUCCUUCAUAUUAUCUGAAGAUAUGCCUUCCUCUCCAUCUCCAUCCAUCUCCUCUCUUUCCUCCUCUCCUUCUUCUCCUUCAUCUUCCAUUUCUUUGCCAAACCAGUCUUUCAACAAAUCAUCUACUCAAGAAACUGUCUCUUUAAAAAUCAUUCAACAACCUCUCCAUGCCAAAGUCUCCCCUAAACCAAAUACCACCACCAACAGCUACUCAAUCACAACUCUAUCUGAACAUAGACCUAUCCACCCUCCCCCAGUUUUGCAAUUAAGCUUCAACAACACUUCCAACCCAAACACAAAAAAAAAAUUCAGUAACAACACCCAUUUAUUGCCCUUCAACGACCAGGCUGAAUCUGAAUUCCACCAAACUGCUGAAGUUAUUUCGCUACUAAACAACAAUGGCGUUAUGCCCCACUGGGCCCAUUUACCAACCUAUUUUGUCAGCACACAAUUGGUCGACAUCGAAGAUGGUAAGCAUUAUAACGAUUAUAAAAACGCCUUAAAAAACCAGGAUAUCAAAAUUAAUAACGAUGACUUUUUCGGUUCCUCUGUUUGCUCUGGUAUGAGAAUAAACAUUCCUUCCAUGAACUCAUCCUCCUCCCCCUCCUCCAACAUAAUAGAUACCAUCCCAAAUUAUAAAAGAGUCAACAAAUCAAACAACUAUGUCACUUGCUUUGCCUUUGGUGAUAUCUCGGUUAGAAAAACUGGUAACUUUGUCUUACUUUUUUCUUUAUUCCAGUUUCUCGAUAACAAAGUCACCUUCAUUGACAAAACUCUCAGCCAACCAUUUACUGUUUACACUCAAAAAAACUUUCCUGGCUCUUUGACCUCAACUCCACUAACAAGAUUCUUAUAUAAACAUGGUGCAAGAAUUAGACAAAGAAAACGUCAAGCCAAUAGAAACAUGAAAAACCUCACUCUCAACAAAAAAAGAUGCCACUUUGAAAUGGACAACUAUUCAGUUGACAACAAUUGCAACUUCAACAAAAGAAUUACCUAUGAUCAAAACUAUAUCGCCCCCUAUAACUACCACCACCAACAACAACUGGAUAACAACUAUGGAAACAUCACUCCUCUUGACUUUGAAAGACGAUCCAUUUCAUACAACCAAUACAACACCAUCCCAUCUUAUUCUAAUAACAACAACCAUCACAAUAACACCAUUGUUAACUCUCAACAGACUGAUCCAUGCCCUCUUUCUCCCUACUACAAUCCAAACCACCACUACCACCAGCAACAGCAGCAGUCUAUUUCUCAUAUCCCUCAGCACCAACACACACCCAAAUCUUAUUUUGAUUAUGUCAAUCAGAAUCAACAUAUCAACCCAAGAAGAAAUGUCUCUGAACCACAAAUCAGAAACAAUUCUGUUGCCUACCAUUACGACAACAACUAUCCUCAACAAAUCGACUAUAGAUCUCCAUCAUAUGGAACCUAUCCCACAGCUGAUGUUUCUCCAAUCACUAAUAACUUCGACACCUCUUCAAGCUCUGGAGGUAGUCCCAUAAGUUAUGCCUCAAAUACUUUGCCAAAAAAUUUCAAAAACAUCAAACUUCCUAGUAUCUCUGAACUUAGCAGAAAAGUGCCACAAAUCAACAACCACUCAAUAUGGCUUUCCUUUUAUUACUAA